AUGCGCUUUCGAACGGAGCUCAAGAACAUUCGCACGUUUGCCAAGCUUACAGCUGCACUUGGCUCUCUUGAGAAGAUCGCUUGGUUGCGCCUUAGCGAUGAUACAGCACGAUUCACCGUCAUCCCAGAUAUGGGAUCUCAAGUAUGGGCCUCAUUAAGCAUGGACUUCAUCUUUGAUGGCUAUCAUAUUCAAUCCGCAGAGGCAGGCAAUACCAUUAACCUAGAGCUUCCUCUUCAGCCUCUUCAACGCGCUCUCAAAUCAGCACUCAACAGCAUGUCUGCUUCCCUACGUCUCACAAAGAAAGAUGGAUUGCCAGUUCUUUCCAUGACAAUCACGACCACUACGUCAGCUUCCAACCCUUCUGGAGCUACGAAACCUUCAGGCACUGCCACUGGCGAUGACCCUUUUGAUGACGACGAGAUGUUUCAGCACGAACACCUGGAGACUAAUUUAAGGCGAGAGCAUGAAAAGAUCAUCACCCAGGAUAUACCUGUGCGAGUCCUUCACCCGGAGACGGUUGAGACGAUCAUGCAGCCCCGAGUACGCGAACCAGAUGUUCACAUCCAACUACCGCCACUCCUCCAGCUCAAGGCCAUUUCAGAUCGCUUCACCAAACUUGCCAUGGCCUCCAACUCAGGCGCAAAUAACGCCAAAGCGCCUAAGCUUGAACUUAGUGCUAACAUGCACGGCGGUCUACGAUUGCGAAUCGCUACUGAAACCACUGAUAUCUGUAGCGUCUGGUCCAACCUCGAGAACCCAGAGUUAGAUCCAGCACAGCUGGAUUGCCCCGUUGAAGAGCAUCCGAGCACAAAGUUUCGAGAAGACGGCCCUGAACGUUGGGCCACAGUCCGCGUGGACGGCAAGGACUGGAGCCGUGUCUUAAGUGUUGGUCGUCUAGAAGGCCGAGUAAUUGCUUGUUUUGCGGAUGAUCAUGCUUUGAUCCUCUACGUCUAUGUACCUCAAUACGACGAUGCCACAGCCGACGACUCAGUCGUGACAUAUUACGUACAGUCUUAUAGCGUAUAA